UUCAAGAUGGCGCUUCAAGUGUUGUUUCUGUCUGCCCGAAGAGCUAAUAACGCAAUUAGCUAGUGACUUAGUAUUAGGUUCACGUUUGUGUAUGUUUGCGAGUCCUAUUUUCACAUCAAAUAUACAUUCUCCAAUUUCCUAGAAGACUAAACACCUGUGUAGUUUCUUUCCCCAUAGGGUAGCUGACUAGCUAAGCUAGCUAGCUAACGUCAAAUAAUAAAAGUAGCUAGUGCGCUUUUAUUAAACUGUCUGGAAUGUUUAGGAACGUUUUAUUUUGGAGAUCGAUAUGUCGCUCAGAGAGUUGAAAGUCUGUCUUCUUGGGGACACGGGGGUUGGAAAGUCAAGUAUUGUGUGGAGAUUCGUGGAGGAUAGCUUUGAUCCCAACAUUAAUCCCACAAUUGGGGCAUCAUUUAUGACGAAGACUGUACAGUACCAUAAUGAGCUCCAUAAAUUCCUCAUCUGGGACACUGCAGGACAAGAGAGGUUCCGUGCCCUUGCCCCUAUGUACUACAGAGGCUCAGCUGCAGCCAUCAUUGUAUUUGAUAUCACUAAAGAGGAAUCCUUCCAGACUCUGAAGAACUGGGUAAAGGAACUUCGCCAACAUGGACCUCCCAACAUAGUGGUUGCUAUCGCUGGCAACAAGUGUGAUCUCUCUGAUGCCAGAGAAGUAUCAGAGAAGGAUGCCAAGGACUAUGCUGACUCCAUCCAUGCAAUUUUUGUUGAAACUAGUGCCAAGAAUGCUAUUAACAUCAAUGAACUCUUCAUUGAGAUAAGUCAAAGGAUUCCAGUUUUAGACAUGGGUGGCAGCUCAGGAGUCAGAGGCUUGAAGCUACGUCGUGAGCCCUCCGACGUAACCAGAGAACGUACUUGCUGCUGAUGCAGUCUAACGCAACUAAGCCAGAUCUUCUCCAAUUUACUCCCACCUCUCACUUCAUCAUUGAGGAGAACAGAAUGAAGGACAGUGAUGUCAUAGAUGAAGGUUAAGAUGAAUUUUACAGUGCUACCACCUUGGAAGCCUCCGUAAUCUCAGCCCCACUCAGGGUGCUAUGCAGGUCAAUUUCUGUUCAUGGAAACUGUCCCUACCAACCCUCCCCACUUUCUCAAAAAGCUGUCUUCUUAAAUCACUACAUGUCAGUCUACAUGUCACAGUCCAAACCCACACAGUUAAAGUAGUCCUUCAAAGCACUAGUCACGCUCUACUUUGUGUGGAUUUUUCAAAAACCCCUUAUUUGCAUGACAAGGUAAGUAAAGAUUUUGUGGAUCUUUGUGAAGAUUCUUUUCUUUCCUGUUCUCCUAAAGUUGUCAUACAUCUGUCACCAUACACCCUUAUGUGCUUCCUUAAAGGUCUGCAUGGUGUCAGUUCUACACUUUCCAUUAUCUUCUAAUCAAGCUGAAUGUAAAAUUGCUUGCUGUUAGCAAAUUAUUCUGAAUCUAAAAUGAUCACUACUAAUUCUGGAUCAGUACUAACUAUAUAGAGAAGCAAAAUUUAUCUAUGAUCAGCACUUCUGUUUUGAGCCGUUGAUCUGUUUGGCUAUAUGCUUUUAAUUUUUUUCUUGUAAGGAGCUUAGAAAUACAACUCAGGAGAUUUUCUAUGCCCAAUGAACCUACCUAAGAAGCAAACCUUUUCAUUCUUUGCAUAGAUGGCAGUCUUUGAUCUUUGAUCUGGAGUAAAGUUUACAAUGCUUUUUUUUUUUUUCAUUAGCAGUAGUUCUUUGUGAUUUUUAGUACUGAUCUAUUCUACUGAUUGAAGUCAUUUUCAAGUAAAUUAAGUAAUCGCAGUAAUGGAGCAGCAUUUCCUGUUGUUACACAAGUCUCUAGUGUUCUGAAUAUCACCAGACAUGGUUUCUUCUAUUAGUUGUGCAGUGAAUUUACAGUGAAGUUGGUCUUGCUGUAGACUACUUGGAGAUAAUUUGGCUCUUAAGAACAUGAGUGGUACUUUUGAAUUGUAAGCAAAUUAACAGCAUUCUUUGCUCUUGGAUUUUAUUUGAGUUGAUUUACACAGAUGGAUUUCGGGUCAUAAUAGUAGCUAGAAUCUGUCAAUUAAUUUUUUUGCAAUUUGUAGGGAAAAUGCACGCAAAUACACGGACCAUGGCAAAUGACGUUAACAGAUUUUUUCUUAUAAUGGUUGAAUAUUAGGUAUCUAAGGACAAAUGCUGCAUCUCACUUUUUCAUAAUACCUUAGGAUACAUUGCAGUCUUUUUUCUUCAUCUUAUAGUGGUGCAUAGUAACAGCUGUAUCUUCCUCACCUAUGAAGGACUUAUUCAUCUUUGAGAACUUGUCGACCACAUUACUUGCCUUUGGUGUGUUCUAGGUAUCACCAUCAAUGGACCUUUUUGUUUCUUUAGUUAUAGGAAGAAGUGUAGAUUUAAGAGUUGUAGAUCUGCAAAUGUGUGUGUACUUAGUUACUUUGUUGAACUGUUUUUUAGGGGACCACUCAUGCUGCAUAAAGGAUGUCAGACUUGUCAUUUACUGACCUAUGUGCAUGCAUGCCUGAAAUUAUUGUAAGCUUCGAAGUUCACAACUUCGUUAAGUUGUGAAUUACAAGACAUCCCUAUUCCUCAUAGUGGGCUUCCUUGGAGGGGUACGUUAGCCGAUAAUGACUCUCAGUCCUGAGAAACCAGACCAAGAUUGGGAAAAUACGGCCCAAUCUGCUCAAGGUUUAUAAUUGGCCAAAUUCAACCUUCACUCCAUAUUGAAUGAACUUUUCAUAAUGCUAAGAGCAUUGUCAAUUAUUGAAUAUUGUAUGUUAACUUUUCCAACUGUUCACACUUUCCAGUAUGUAAAUAAGUAUGUAUUAUGCCUGUUUUUGAAAGCACAUAUUAACAUUUGUGUUUGUUAGCAGCAGGUGUUUUUUUGGGGAGGGGUGGGGGUUCUUUGUUUGAUUGUUUUAACUGAUUCGGCAGGUCAUCUCAUGUUCAAGUGCUCUAAUGGCCUAAACAUGCUUCUCAUUCUGUAACAGGAAAAUUCUGUUCUCAGUCUAUUACAUCCAACAUGUGUUUACUUUGACUGCUUAGGUGGGUAUAAUAUUUAAAUAAUAAAACAUAAUCAAAGCAUUAGUUGGAGCUAGGUUUUUGGACCCUACACUCCAAAAUCAAUGUAACACAGUGAUUAGCACUGUUCUUGGCACUGACUCCACCAAUAUUGGCUCCUCUUCAAUUUUUUUUUUUUUUUUUUGCUUUCAGAUUUAAAAUUAACUUUCAUAGCAGCACAUGACCUCAUGUCAAUAGGAGUUUAGACAAAUUUACUUAAAAAGGUGAAACUAAAUAAUUAUCCCAGUUUGAAAGGUCACAUGUAGCUGCAAAUUCAAACAACUAUUUUUAAUAGUACCAGUACCUAGUGUAUCAACAUGAUAAACUAUGAUGUACUUUGUAGAAUCAUUAGCUCCAUCUUCUCAUUGCUAUAAUGAACAGUAUGUGCAUAUGGUAGUCUAUUAAGGUUUUUAAUGUAUCUUAAUAUGAAUGUUAAGGCUAUAUAUUUUUAAACCAUAUAAAAUAGAUAUUGCAUAUGUGUUGUACAUAGAGAUCGAGCCCUUGACUCAGCAUGUGGAAAGUGAGAAUAGAUAUUAAGCAUUGUGACUGAAACAGAGUAGAAUUAUCUGGCUUUACCUGUGGCAAUUGGACAAUGAUUGAUUAACACACAAAUUACACUAUAUGCAGAGCUAUCAGAAAUUAAUCACAGUUUAUUAUUAUAGCCUAGACUUUUAAAUGACCUUUAAAUAAUCUGCCUGUACUCAAUUUUGUUGUUUGUUCCAAAGUAGCUCCAGUGUAUCAUUUACUUGGCGGUGAUGGUUUUCAUAAUUUGUGGUAUUGCUUUGAACUGUUUGUGAAAUGAUAGUAGUAAAUAUAAAAUAAGCAAAAACUGCAUAAAAGAGAAACUUUAUACAAGGCAAAGAAAUGUUUGCCAUCCCACGUAAUUAGUAAUGGUCAUUGUCCAGAUGUAAAACCAUGUCUUGCACCUAGCUCAGAAUCUAAUGCAUCACACACACAAAAAAAAAAAGUGUGUGUGUGUUAGGCUUUAAAACACAAUGUAUGUUCCUCAGCCAGAUCAAGCAACACAACACUGCUCAAGCCCUGGAGCCUUUAGCCUUCAGAGAAAUGAAUUCAAGAUUUUUACAGUAUUGGUGGGGAAUUCAGAAUGUAUACCUUAUCACACAUGCAAAUAGACUGGUAUGCCACUCAAGUAGGAUUCUUCUCGCAGUUGAUGGUGAAACAAACAGUCUUGGGCUGGUCCUGAGAAGGUAUUGUGAACAACCUGGAAGGGUUUUUUUUUUGUUUGUUUGUUUGGUUGGUUGGUUGUUUUUUUUUUUUUGUUUUUUUUUUAAUUUCUCAGUUUUCUAUAAAGAUCAUAAGGCACAUUAGUUGUAUGAAUUAAUAGUGGUGUAGUUUAAAUAUGUUUAACUUGCAUUGCAGUAUUUACAAAAUGCACUAAUUUAGCUCCUUCAGUUAAUCAAUUGUAGUGGGGUUUUUUUGUUGUUGUUGUUUGUUUUUUGGUUUUUUUUGCAUUUUUACUUGUCAUGAAUGCAAACCAAAGGUCUGAAAAGCGUCACUUGUGAAAAAGGGAAAAGUUGAGUUCUUCAUCAGAAAUAAAGUGGCAUAAAAUCAA